CGAUGGAAAUGGGCGGACUGAACAGAUCAGAGCCGAGAACCCUUACCAUGUGCCACAAGAUGAAUAACUGCCAUUACUAUGGAGAACUUCAUAUAACUAUACUCGAUUGAGAGCCCGACAGUCCACGGCUCAAAGUUUGGCCAAUUGACGACGCUGAAGCUUUGAUUGAUUAGAAAUCGAGACCCUGAAAAUGUACCCACUAUGACGUCCCACUCUUCAUGUGGAUAUCUUCAAAAUACCCCGUUUAACCCUCAACAGCACAAUCCCGACUCACAAUUACUACCUACUAUUUUGUUAUCAAGGAGAAGUCAUCUCUCAAUAUGUCGCUGCAAGGACUUAAUGUGCUCAUUACUGGAGCUUCGAUGGGCAUUGGCGAGGCGAUUGCCAAUUCAGUAGCAGAACAGGGUGCCAAUUUGAUUCUGUUUGCACGGUCGGAAGACAAACUCCAAGCCCUCGCGAGCAGGAUCCAGGAACAACACCCAGGUGUCAAAAUCAUCAGCAAAGCAGUCGACAUCCAAUCUUACGAAGCAGUCGAGUCCGCGGUGAAAUCCAGUACCCAGGAGCUUAAUCAGAUCGACAUUCUCAUCAACAAUGCCGGCCUCGCCCUCGGCGCCCCCGCGCCCUUCCACGAGCUCAAAAUCGCCGACAUCCUCACCAUGAACAACACCAACAUCAACGGCUGGAUGUUCGUCACGCACGCCGUGCUGAACGCCUCCAUGAUCCCCCGCAAAGCCGGCACGAUCCUCAACAUCACCUCCGUCACGGGGCUGGAGGUCCCGCCCUUCUCCGGGGAGUGCGUCUACCACACCAACAAGGCCGCGCAGGAGGGGUUCACGAACGCACUCCGCAAUGAACUGAGUGGCACGAACAUCCGGGUGCUGGCGCUGCGGCCGGGGUGUGUGGCCACGAAUUUCCACUCGCUGCGCGUGGGGCAUGAUAAGGAGAUGUACGAUCAGUUUUUCGAGGGGUAUCAGCCUCUGGUGUCGGAGGAUAUUGCACGCGCAGCGGUGUUCAUGCUGCAGCAGCCGGUGAAUGCGUCGGUUAAGGCGCUGGAUAUUGUUCCGUCGGCUCAACGGUCGCUGAAUGUGUUUGACCGGGAGUGGGAUCAGAGGAAUGCUUGAUUCGGUAUGGGCAAGCCAUUAUCUAUACGGUCAGACGACCCAGAAUGAUGGAGCUCAAGCAAGCAGUAAAGAUGGC